AUGGAUGAGCCCCAGAAGAAAGCCAGCCAGCGGCACGAGGCCCGGCCCCGCAAGGUGAGGUUCAAGAUCUGCUCGGCUUACAGCGGGCGGGUGCUGAAGCAGGUCUACGAGGACGGGCAGGAGCUCGAGCCCCCGGCCAAGGAGCACUCGCGGCGCUUCCUGCGCCACAGCUUCGAGCCCGGGGAGCCCCUCUGCGGGCCCGGGGAGCUGCCGGAGAGCAGCUGCUGCUGGCCCACGGCCCUGACCGCCCGGAGGAUCAGCGUCCUGCGAGAGGAGCAGCAGCAGCACGGGCCCCCGGGGAGCGCACCCCUGCUCAGCCACUGCCAGCCGGGCACCGGCCUCGGCAGGACUUCCCCAGUUGUAGAUUUUGGCAAGAUCAUCAUCUACACCAAUAACCUGAAAAUCAUCCGUGCGCCGAUGGACCAGAAAGAGCUCAUGAGAAGAAUCAUCCAGACUGAGGGAAUAAAUGACUGGACGUUCGUGUACCGGGAGAAGAAAGAACGAUUUAGUGGUGGACAUAAAAGAGAUGUGGAGAAUAAGGUCACUUGCAACCAGCAUGUGCAGGAGGGCAAUGCUGAGCACGGCUGUUCGCAGUGCAAAGGCUCGGGCUGCGCUCCCUGCUCGCUGUGCCACGGAAGCAAGUUCUCGAUGCUGGCGAACCGAUUCCGGGAGUCCUACCGGGCGCUGCGGUGUCCGGCGUGCGACGAGAGCGGGCUGCAGCCGUGCCGGGUGUGCGCUGCCUGA